AAAGUGGCGUACAACUCAGAAGUACACCAGAUUUAGAUUAGUGUGGACGUGUCGAUUUCAAGUUAAUGAAGUGUGAAAAUGAACUCUAAAAAAGGGAAAGGCAAAAAUAAAUCUAAUAAACCCCCCAACCCUAACCCUCCACAAAAAACUGAAGAUGCAAAAUCUCCUGAUAAAGCGGAAGAUCCUGUCGUCGAUAAAGCUGAAAGUGAAAUAAAAAUUGAAGAACGUGUCCCCGAAAUUAUUAGUGAUAUUGUGCCCCCAAUUAUUCUGCCAUCUGAAGACUCGAAAAGUGUUGAGGAACCUAAGAAACCAAAAAGAAACAGAGGUAAGAAGAAGAAACAUGAAAAAGAUGAAUUGGAAGAAAGUGGUGAUGAUAAAACUGUAGAAAAGGUUGAAGAAGAGGUAAAAUUGAUUCCAGCGCCAGAUGAUGAAAACAAAGUUGAAGUGAUAGAAGAUAAAAGCCUAGAACAGCCAAAAUUAGAUGUACCAACUAUGACUCCAUCAGCUCGUAAAAAGAAAAACAAAAAUAAAAACCCAAAUGUAGAACAACAAAUAAAAAUUACAGAAAAUAUUUCGAAAAUUGAAGAACCGAAAGAGGAGUUAUCCGUUGAAGCCAAUGUCUCAAACGUAGAUAUAAAAUGUGACGUGUUACCUAAACCCACAGAAGAUGAAAUAAAACCUGCUAAGAAAAAGAAUAAAAAGAAAAAACGCCACGAUUCUGAAAAGUCUGACAAGACUGAAGAGAUAUCAUGUACGUCGGCGUUUCAACAACUACUGGCUGAGGAAGUUGAAAAACAGGAUACUAAAAAUUCUGUAUCUGAAAGCAAAAUUGAAAGUAUUCCUGAGGUUAUGUCUGAAUUUCAAACCCAUCAGCUAAAACAAGAUAUUAUUGAAGAAAAUGUUACUAAAGAAAAUAAAAAUAAAAAGAAAGGUAAAAAAGAAAAGCAUGCUGUAUCGACUGCUGAUAUAAAAGGAGAAAUUGAACAUCCAGUUGAGAAAGAAAAGGUCAGUAUAUUAUCUGAUAUUAUUCCUCAAGAUAUUUCAGCUGAAGGAGAUAAAGUAAUAGAAGAACGUGCUCCUGAAGAAAUCAGAGUUACAAGCGAAGACCAAGAGAAGACUAAAGCUAAAAUCGCAAAACCUGUUGAUAAAAAACGCAAAGAAAAAUCAAAUCAAGCAUUGAAACAGGGCGAGUUAGCCGAAAAUAUAAUCAUUCAAGAAAUACCUAAAUCAGAAGAGAUACCUACUUCGAACAUUAAAGAAUCCUUGCAAGAACAAUCAAAAUGUGAAGAAAUAUGUUUUGAAAACAAGGCAGAGGAACUGAAAGAGUUCGCAUCUACAUCGGAAUCCAAUCUACCACAUAUGGAAAAGAAAAGAAAAAAGUCACCUAAACCACAUCAAAAACAAGAUCCUAAGGGAACUGGACCUCGGGAGACUGAAAAUGAAGAAAUAAAGUCGAAGGAUGAAAUUACUGACGAAAGAGAAACAAGAAAUAAAGAAACUAUUAUUACUCAAAUUCAAGAACAAUCUACUAUUGAAGAUAUUCAAAAAUGUAAGAUUUUAGAAACACCUGUUGCAAUCACAACUGAACCUGAGUGUACUAAAGAGUCUCUUCCACAUGCUUCAACAACAACUACAAGUUUAGAAGUAAAAUCUGGUAAAAAGAGAAAGAAGUCUCCCAAACCUAUGACAAAACUGGAAAUCACAGAAGAGAAAAAAGAUAUUGUAAAAGAAACAGAGACUACAAAAGAGACCAAGACGCUAUUUGAUUCAGCAAAAGAUUUAAAAUCUAUAGCUAUACCUGUAUCUAAACAAGGUGAAGAAAAAACAGACCUAUUUUGUGAUAUGCCACUUAUGGAAGAAAUUGAAAUCAGUAGCAUAAAAGCAGAUGAAUCUGAAGGGUCCGUUGUUGAAAUAAUGCCUGAUAUACAACAUCCACGUGCAUCUAGUCAACAACGAGUUGACGAUAAUAACAAUACUAUCAUAAGAGAAGUAGUUUCACCUAGCGAUGUUAAGCUAAGUAUUCCAGUAUUUGUUCCCGAUACACCUUUCAUACAGGAAGAAGGCAAUCCAUUAACGUCUCCAGAACUUGUAGCAUCUGGAAUCAGAAUCAUCGACGUUGAGGCAAAUGUAGUGAAACCAACUGAAGAAAAAACUGACAUAAAGUCCAAAAUGAUGGAAGUAAAUCAGGAUAUGGAAGAGCUAAGAUUGUCAAUUGAAAGAUCUUUAGCUGAGCUUACAUGUAUAGAAAAGACUGAAGAAAAUAUUGAGUCACAAUUUGAAAAUAAAAAUAAAAUGGUUGAAACCAAAUCAGAUUAUACUAGCAUAACCAGUUCUCAAAUGGAAUCUAAAAGCAUUGGCGAAGAAAGCCAAAUUACUGAAUCUCCAAUUUUGAUGAUUGAGAAAAAACCGAUGGAUGCUUUAAUGGCAGUUCCGAGUCCACCUCCAAAAAGUAAUAAAAAACAGAAACAGAAAAUGGAAGAAUCACUAAAGCCUUCAUUGCCAGUUAUUCCACUGCCACCGCCACUUCCAAAAAAAGACUCGAAACCUAUCACAGAAGAAACUAAAAUACCUGAGACUGAUAUAUCUUCUGAUAUCCCAGCUGUCCCUGCUAGAAAAGAUAACAAAGGUAAAGGCAAAUCAAAAAAGAAAGGUAAACAAGAAACUGGACAAGUAACUACGGCUACUGAAUCUAGUUCUAGUUCUAGUGCGACACAGUGUUCUAAAGAAAAUGUUCAAGAUAGUAAACAAGAAGAAAAAAAAGAGCAAAAACCUGACAACUCACAAGAUAAUACCAAAAAGCAAUCUGACAAUUUAGAUAAUAAAAGUGAUAGCGACGAAAUUCCAAGAAGUGAGGAAACAAGUCAAAUUUUAACAGAAUUUGAGCCGAUUGAAAACUUUGAAGAUGCCAUGACAUCUAGUUUAGAUGAUGUGAAUCAAACUUUUGAAAUGAUUGCAAAUGAAUCUGCUGGAUCUAAUGUAAAUCCUGAAAUUAAUAUCACAGCUCCUACUGAAGAAUCAAAGUCAGAUACAAAAGAUGUAAAACAAAACCCGGUUACGCCGCCAAAAAACUUGUUAGGCCAUCCCGUUAUUCCUGUACGAUCGAAUAAAAUGGACUACAAAAAAGAAAAGAAUAAAACACCGAACACAAUACUCGCCAAAGUGAAAAUAAAAGACUCGAUCGAAAUAGAAUCAAAAAAGCAAUCAAAAGAAUGUCAAACAGAUAACUUAAAGAAACUAAUGAAGAAGAAAGCUAUCGAUGAAUCAAUAUCAUCUUUGAAUGAAAAUGAGGAGUUUGUGUACAAGUAUAGUUUUAGGAAAGUGUUUCUUCCCAAUGUUUGUCACGUGUGCAAGAAAGAGCUGAAACCUUUGAGGGUAUCGUGUAGUUAUUGCCAUUUGCUGUUCUAUUGCAGUCAGAAGCACAAAGACGAGGAUUGGCCUCAGCAUCAGGCAUUCUGUUUUGCUGUGUCUACUAUUGUUCAUCUCAAAGGCCAAAAACACAUUUACGAAGACGCGGCAACCAUAACCGGUCACAACUACCGUCUCCUCCGAAUGCAGAUGAUCGUCUCAUGCGAGAAAAUCCUCAAAAGGAAGCUGGUCCCUUGGGAACAGGAGGCUCUCUUGUAUCCCAGAGUGUGUGGAGACGUUCAGUGUCGAGAGUGGAGACUGAAUAAGUUGGCGGACUGCGAUGGGUGUGGCCAGAUAUCAUACUGCUCCAGCGUCCCAGACCACCUUCCGAGCUCCCAUCAGCGUUGGUGCAAGUCCUACUCCUUAUACCAGAAGCUGGUCUGUUACCAACAGACCCAGGGAAGGUUGGAGCCGAAGCUGCCUGGUAGAGUGAUAACAGGGUAUUAUCAAGUACCGGAUAAGAUUAAUGAAGUAUUGGCUGCCAUGUAUGAGGAGAAGAUUGAUAUGAACGACGUGCAAUACGCAGCCCUCACCCAGCUCGCCACGGCGCCUCUCACUGCCGUCUACAGCUUCCAGGUGUACACUAACAAGAUGAACGCUAUCUAUGCAAACGGGACUUACAAGAAAACCUCCUUCACAAUCCAUGUGAUCGGCGCCGAGUUACAGUUCGAAGCAGACGCCCUCAAUAAAUGGGAGGUGUUCUUCUUACACCUGCGACCUGACAUCACGGAACUGAGGGUGUGCCUCAUAGCUCCUGACCUGAACCCGUCUAAUCUGCCACUAGAUUUGCUUGGAAAGAUCAGGUUGUGCGCACAAUGUCGUCAGGACAAUCGCCGUGUGCUCUUCAGCUUCCAGGACAAGAUGACCUACAGCGAGUACUACAGGAGCGACGAUUUCAUCACGCCGGAUAUUGUGUGUGCGUUCAACCCGAGCAUUCAACGGUCUUCAGUUUUCAAUGGCAAAGACCCCUGGCCUGCGGCUAUCAACUGCAUUCUCAAGCAGAAGAUCCCAUUUAUUGUAACCUCAUAUACGUUAGAUGAGUUACGUCGGGACUUGACUAGAAUAAAAGAAUGCACAGAAUUUAACAUUAUUUCUGAUCCAAAAUACAACAACUUUGCAAGUGUAAGACCUGAUAGGAACUUCAUAUCUGAUGACGAGAUACCAUUGCUGUUCAAGAAUUACUGUUUUGCUAUAAUUAGUGGUGUUUUUUAACAUGUUUGCUGUUUGAUUGUAAUAAACUGUUGAAAUAUUUAAA